AAAAAAACUUGAUUUCCCUAAUUCCCUUUCUCUCUAGUUGGAUUUCUCUUUUAUUUUCUUAGAUUUUUGAGCUGGUUUUUUUUGUCAUUGAUUUCACGUGUUUGUAUUCAUACCGGAUCCAUUCUGGGUUUGGUUUUUUUUGCCUUUAUAGGGUGUCAUUUCACUCGUUUGCAUCAUUCUUUUUUAAUUUGUUUUGUAAAAUUGGUUUUUUUUCAUGGGGAGUUUGGAUUUCUGGGAUUAAGGUGAUUAAUCUGAGUUGGGGUCUGAUUCACUCGAUCCAAACUAAAGAGACAGUAGCCUGCUUUCUUCAGGCAAUAUUAGUUCAUAGAUUCAAACAUGAAGACCGAUAGUGGGGAGAUGAUGACUUUGACUUCACAAGGCAGCAUAAUUGAGGAUGCUUUUAGUGGUGGUGGUGGUGGAAUGCUGAAGAAAGGUCCUUGGACAACGGCGGAGGAUGCAAUAUUAGUGGAUUAUGUGACAAAACAUGGAGAGGGAAACUGGAAUGCUGUGCAGAAGCAUUCGGGGCUUGCUCGCUGUGGAAAAAGCUGUCGCUUGCGGUGGGCAAAUCACUUGAGGCCGGAUCUGAAGAAAGGAUCAUUUACUCUAGAGGAGGAGAACCGCAUUAUACACCUCCAUUCUAAAAUGGGAAACAAAUGGGCACGAAUGGCUGCUGAGUUGCCUGGGCGCACAGAUAAUGAGAUAAAGAACUAUUGGAACACCAGGCUCAAGAGAAGACAACGUGCCGGCUUGCCAGUCUACCCUCCUGACAUCUGUUUGAAAUCAUUCAAUGAGAGCAAACAAAGCAAAGAUUUCGGCACCUUCUCACAACAUCCCAAUCUUUCGCAGAACAACAGUUUUGAGAUCCCAACUGUGGAAUUCAAGAGUUUUGAAUUGAAUCCGAUGCUUUAUUCACAAGAACUUCUUGAUGAUACUCAAGGAGGUCUCAUUUCUUCUUCGUCAUCGUAUGGAAACAGCAGGCCACUCCUUUCAGUUAUUCACCCUUCAAAACGUAUACGUGGGUCACAAUCUUUGUUCCCUGGUUUAAGUGCCAAUGACAGUGCUAUUCCAUAUCAGAACGAAAAUGAUUUUGUACAGAUGGCACAAUCCUGCUUUGGGUUAUCUUAUGCAUAUCAGAAUCGAAAUCUGGAUCGGACUCAUGGCAGCCAUGCCUUAUUAAAUGGCACCACCUCCUCUCCUUCGGACCCCACAUGGGGAAAGAAGAUAGAGCUCCCUUCAUUCCAAAGUCAGAUGGACAGGUGGGGAUCUCCUUCCUCCCCUCCUCCUUCUAUGCAAUCUGUUGACACUUUGAUUCAUUCCCCUCCAAGAACCACCGAGCAGCAACGUAAUAAUACUACUGGAUCAGGUGGCAGUAACAGCGGCCUGCUUGAUGCCGUUCUUUAUGAGUCACAUACGAAGUGCAAUUUGCCCUCCGGUGGUGGUUUCUUGAUGAUGUCUGGUGACAUGGGGGAUGAUCUUCAUGACCCAGACAUGGAAACAUGUGGUGACCCGAUUUCUCCUCUGGGCCAUUCUGCUGCUUCGGUGUUCAGUGGAAGAAGUUCAUUAGAUGAACCCCACUCAGUUGAAAUGAUGUCAGAUUGUUUCAGUGCAAAAGAUGUAUUUGAGACGGGUAUGCUCGAAGACCUGAGCAGGAACUGCAAGAAUAUGGGAGCCUUGGCAACUUCUACGCGUCAAGGGUGUGUUUGGGACGCCAUGUCCACUUUCUGAUAAAUUUCUUGGAUUUCAAUAGUUUCAAAGCCGUUUCUCGGGGAAAGCACAGGUUUUGAUGUAUUGAUCAAACCCAUCUCACAGGGCAUUCACUAAUGGGCUAGGAUCGGCUUUAUGACUAAAAGAACUUUGGAGGC